AUGUCAGAUGCUGAACGUAAAAAGGUAGAUCAUUGGUUUCUUGGUGCCAUUGGUUUACCAUUAAUACCAACCGACAUAGUUGAAAGUACUUGGACGGAUGUUAUGGAUUUAUGCACACCAGAUGAUGUUAAUGCUACUGAAUUCAAUGAUUAUUUAGUUCAAACCUAUGUAGAAAGUGAUAUUAUUUUUAUAUGGGAUUAA